AUCAGGUAUCACAGGUAGCGUGCUGAUACCAAGGGUCGCUAGCAGGCGUUACAGUUUAAACAUUCGUAUUUCAUUAUCUACUUGUGUGUGACUUGGGAAGUGGUCAACAAUAUUCGGGAUUAUAUAGAACCAAAUUAUAUCUAUUUGUCGGUGAAUAACCAGACAUAAUCGAUAGCGAAGUUCUAGAACUGACAUCUACUGGUUCAUAACGCCCGUCAUCUCUCUCAAGAUGGUGCCGAGAAACUACUACCUGUCGGCAGUUGUUGUUGCUGCUAUGGUGACACUGAUGUUUGGUACCCUGACGUCGGCGAGCUCCACAACCACUGAGGCCACCAACUCGACAGAAAGUUCAACAGACAGUAGCUCAAGCGCAUCUACUACAGCCGAUUCGGGCUCGACCGAUUCCACCGUGUCGGGUACAAGUACCGAGGAGUCCACUACAAUGGUUUCAUCCACCACCACGACUGCCAUGCCCUCGUACAUUACAUGUUUCACCGGAAGCUGUGCUGAGGAGAAGUGUGUUACCAACAUAACUGAAAAGUGUAACAGUACAACGUCUUGCAAGAUCCAAAGAACAGUGAACAACACCAGCACUUACUACGAGUUAAGCUGUGUUAAUGCCUCCUGUUCCACGACUUCCAACAGGUAUUGUUGUACCACAAAUGACUGCAACCAAGACGAAACAAAGUUCAGCGGAAGUGGUCAUCAGCUCACCAGCUCCGGAAUCCUCCACAUUCUCACCAUACUGGCCACACUUUUCGUCACACGACAGGCGGUGAUGGUCGGAGAAUGAUAUGUUUAAAAUCUGUCCUAUCACACAACGGUAUUGAACGGUUAGAUUUGCAUUUCAUACCAGAUAAAAAGUGUGGUCUCAUGUAAAAUUAUUCUUAAAGAUAUACACUUUCUGUAACAACUUCUGAAAAACAAACAGACACAUGAAAAGUCUCGUAAAUUGAUAUCUAUAUCAUUGAUGUUCUGAUGAACACUGACUGUGUAUGCGCGAUAUAUCUUGUCUCAAAUUUGAAUUCCCUUUCUCUCCCCCCCCCCCCCCCCGUCCCAAUGGCUAUCAUGUUUAGGAGUAAAUACUAGAACAAUAUCAAUAUCAAUAUCAAUAUCCUUUGUUAUCAAUGCGUACACAUGGAGGCCAGACAAGAACAGGUCAUGUUUUAUAUUAUGCUGCUCACUGACAGGUUGAUUGAUAAUCAUACCUGGUCACGUGAUAUGCAUGUGAUUACUCAGCUACCUCAGAUCAAAACAACAAACGAGCGCAGACACAAUACUGAGGAAUCAUUAAAAUAAUAAAAUUACAGUCUUUGUUAAUUUUUCAUAAACUAUGAUAUAAUUAGAUUGGCUAGUAUUUCAACGCUUGUUCGACAAAGCAAAAGAAGGAAAGCUAACCAUUGAGUCCCUAUAAGAAUAAAAGACUUGCAUAAACAGAGAGAGAGAGAGAGAGAGAGAGAGAGAGAGAGAGAGAGAGAGAGAGAGAGAUGCUAUUUUUCUUUUUCUGAUAUCGACUAUGCAAAAAUGUUUGCCAGAUUUUCCCAUAAUCUUGUGAAAAUGGUAUGGACUUGUACGCCUACGAAUUUUCUCAGGAUUUAAACUAUUAAGAGUCUACAGAAGCUAGUUUAUGAACAGUCAAAUCUACGUGGCCACAUUCAGAAGUAAACAAAAAUUAACGAUAUGUUUGAAACAACGUGCAGUGUUAGAAGCUGUAUUUACUUGUUCUGUAUCAAAGGUAUAUGACGCUAUAGCUGAGGGUUGCCUUGUUACAUUACAUUUCUGUUGAAAUUUGUUAUCAGAGCAAAUUCAAGUCAAAUUGCUUAUAUCAUAAAAGAAUGGUUAUUGGUUAGCUGUGAUAAGUUUAAGAGGUGUAUAUAUGUAUAUUUUUGAUGUAUAAGCUGAUAUCGAUAACUUGUUAUAAAGACACGACGCCAGACCGAUGUAAACCGUUGAUAACACUUCAGAAUAUGUUGGACUGCGAUAUAGAUGAAAUUUAUGAACUGAAGAAACCGGUAUAUAAGAAGUGUAUAUACAAAUGUAUGCUGUCAUUACCAGUACUUAUAAAGUGUAUAUACACUUGUAUGCUUUCGUUACCGGUACUGAUGAAGUGUAUAUGUACUGUCAUUACCGGUAUUGAUGAAGUGUAUAUGUACUGUCGUUAUCAGUAGUGAUGAAGUGUAUAUGUACUGUCGUUAUCGGUAGUGAUAAAGUGUAUAUGUACUGUCAUUACCAGUGUUGAUGAAGUGUAUAUGUACUGUCAUUACCGGUACUGAUGAAGUGUAUAUGUACUGUCGUUACCGGUACUGAUGAAGUGUAUAUGUACUGUCUUUACCAGUGUUGAUGAAGUGUAUAUGUACUGUCAUUACCAGUGUUGAUGAAGUGUAUAUGUACUGUCAUUACCGGUACUGAUGAAGUGUAUAUGUACUGUCGUUACCGGUACUGAUGAAGUGUAUAUGUACUGUCAUUACCGGUACUGAUGAAGUGUAUAUGUACUGUCGUUACCGGUACUGAUGAAGUGUAUAUGUACUGUCGUUACCGGUACUGAUGAAGUGUAUAUGUACUGUCGUUAUCGGUAGUGAUGAAGUGUAUAUGUACUGUCGUUAUCGGUAGUGAUGAAGUUGUAUGUACUGUCAUUACCAGUGUUGAUGAAGUGUAUAUGUACUGUCAUUACCAGUGUUGAUGAAGUGUAUAUGUACUGUCAUUACCAGUGUUGAUGAAGUGUAUAUGUACUGUCGUUAUCAGUAGUGAUGAAGUGUAUACGUACUGUCAUUACCGGUAUUGAUGAAGUGUAUAUGUACUGUCGUUAUCGGUAGUGAUAAAGUGUAUAUGUACUGUCAUUACCAGUGUUGAUGAAGUGUAUAUGUACUGUCGUUAUCGGUAGUGAUAAAGUGUAUAUGUACUGUCAUUACCAGUGUUGAUGAAGUGUAUACGUACUGUCGUUACCAGUGUUGAUGAAGUGUAUAUGUACUGUCGUUAUCGGUAGUGAUAAAGUGUAUAUGUACUGUCAUUACCAGUGUUGAUGAAGUGUAUAUGUACUGUCAUUACCGGUACUGAUGAAGUGUAUAUGUACUGUCGUUACCGGUACUGAUGAAGUGUAUAUGUACUGUCGUUACCGGUACUGAUGAAGUGUAUAUGUACUGUCGUUAUCGGUAGUGAUGAAGUGUAUAUGUACUGUCGUUAUCGGUAGUGAUGAAGUUGUAUGUACUGUCAUUACCAGUGUUGAUGAAGUGUAUAUGUACUGUCAUUACCAGUGUUGAUGAAGUGUAUAUGUACUGUCAUUACCAGUGUUGAUGAAGUGUAUAUGUACUGUCGUUAUCAGUAGUGAUGAAGUGUAUACGUACUGUCAUUACCGGUAUUGAUGAAGUGUAUAUGUACUGUCAUUACCGGUAUUGAUGAAGUGUAUAUGUAUUGUCGUUACCAGUACUGUUGAAGUAUGCAUAAAAUGUCGUUACCGGUACUGUUGAAGUAUGCAUAAAAUGUCGUUACCGGUACUGUUGAAGUGUAUAUAUACUCUUAUUACCAGUACUAAUGAAGUGUAUAUAUACUAUAAUUACCAGUACUAAUGAAGUGUAUAUGUACUGUCGUUACCAGUACUAAUGAAGUGUAUAUGUACUGUCUUUUUUGACUUGUAUCUAAAUUUAUAUUACUUCUCCAGUGAAUUUCGAAUGAAGUCUAUGAAACACAUAAUAAAUCUCGGUUUAUUUUUCUUUCGGAAUACAAGGACUUAAUUCCGAAAUUUCGACAAAAUAAUAUUGAUGGUUUUUUUUUUCGAUAUAAGUGCAUGUGAAUGCCUCAUUCCCUUUUGAGCUCUACAUUAUUUAUUGAUAUCCUAAAAAUGAAGAACUCACUAAGUGUUUGAGUUAAUACUAUGCAUAUUCUCGACAAAAACUGUUUGCCUUUUAAGGGGAUUCAGGGACCUAGUGUGGAGAUGGACGAAACUCACUGCAGUCAUAUGAAUGUAUGUAUGAUAUGUGGGUAUUACCUAGUAUCAUACUUUAUAAAGGUAUUUCAUCUGUAACUUUUUCUUUUUUACUUAUGUCUACCACCGUAAAAUAUUUGUGCUUGAUUUAGACGUGCUACUGUAAGACCUAUAUCAUUUGCUUAUUUACCAUUUCAGUUUGCUUAGGAAUUUACUAGUUAAGAACAAUAUUUUAUAACGUUGUAACGCUGUGUAAAUUAAAUAUUGCUGUAAGAAACAUCACAUGGGUGACAUUGAUUGAUCUCAAUGUUUAACUACGUGAUAUGGUAGUACGAUCCUGGUUCUCGUUAGUAAUGAGUUGAGAGAAACAGUAUCAGCGUAACGUAACCUACCUUUCCAAUGCUAACAUAUAACUGGUAUUUACUACACACUGAAAAUCAAGAUAUCACAGGAAACAACAUAUUAGUUUUUAUUUAGAUUAAGUAUGACAACGACCACUUGGAUAGUACUAAGUGGGAAAUGUAUCAUCAGUAGUCAUUAAUUCAUUAAAAAAUAUACUCACACAUGGACUCUAUGUCUUAUUCGCGAAAAUUUCGCUUAGUAAAAUGUCUUCAUCGUAUCUAAAAUAUUAAUUCAACGUAAGUGUUCUGUAUUGUCCUCAAUCAACAAUUAAGAUAUGGAUUGCUCUGGAACCCAAACCCAAAGUACACGGCUUAGUAGUUAUAAAAAUACAAAACAUAACAAAACAAAAAACAAUGACACAGUUUGAAGUCCUGUAAUCAUAUAAAACAUAUUUUAAUUAUAAAAUAAUCACAUUUUUGAAAUAUAACUGAACAUGAAAAUGAUGCCACACACGUAUGAUUUUAAUAUGUAAAACUAAUCUUAAAAAAAAAGUAAAUUAUUUUAGACAAUAUGUUGAUUGUAUCCGUCCUUUGAAUAAACUUUUCUCUACA